UAGAUUUAGAACCAGUGCGUUCUUGCAAGGCAGAAGAAAUUUCCCGUAUUGCAGACAAAAUUGUGAAUUACCUGAAUUACAUAGUGUGUUCUUUUACCGUUCCAACUAAAGGGUCUUUGUGCGAGUGUGUGUUACGACUAAAGUCGAAUUCCUGAAGAAAAGUUAAAACCCCCGAUGUGGAAGAUUUUCCCAGUUUAGCAGAAUAGUGUAUGAAAUCAGUAACAAAGUAGUGAUUACCGGAAACAGAUAGGAUUUUCGUCUGGCAACUCAGGACGGUACCGGAACUGCUUUGUUUCGGUUUUCCUGGGGAACCUCCAUUGCCGAGACCCGACCAUGGAUAUGUAUAGUUCCGAGGAUGCCAAGGGAUCGUCUACGUCAGAUAGUGUAAAGCUGCCCAGAACAAGGAAAGGACGAAAGCGAAAACACAGCUCGGAUGAAACGUGUACAGAAAAUCAACCCUUCGCCAAACGCAAUGCCACCGCCACCGACAGACAAUCGCCGAUCGCCGGUGCGUCCGCCCCGGCCAUGUCUGUGCCCAGCGUGAUCAGCACGGCUGCUUCCAGCAACAGUGUGGCCAGCACCAUUCCCAGCAUCCCGGAGUAUAUUUCGGAUACCCAAAGUUCGUCCGAAUGCUUCUCGACGGCGGCUGAUCUUGAUAAUAUCCCGCUCGUUAGUCCUUCCUCUGUAAAUAGUAAUAUUCUAAGUCCUACUUGUGAUGGAUCCCGCGGCAGUUGGAACAUCAAGGGUGAAACAACGCCAAAUGGCAAUAGGAAAUCCUCGUCACACAGCAGUCAGCAUCAUAGUCAUAAUAGCAGUAGUAGUAGUAAUGACAAUAGUUCUAGUAAAUAUUCCAAAUUGCACUGCUUUGUGACUCCGUCGUCAGAGCUGCGGUCCUGUCCUUUGCCGGAGUUCUCCUGGGCCAAAAAUCGUGCCGUUUGGGAAAUCAUGUGUCGAAAGGAUGAGAAGGCGUCUCUGGAGCGGGAACCAAAUAUGUUCGAUCAGCAUCCAGGGCUGCAACCUAGGAUGCGAACCAUUCUGCUUGACUGGCUGAUCGAAGUAUGUGAAGUGUACAAACUACACCGAGAGACGUACUAUUUGGCUAUCAAUUACAUUGACCGGUAUCUUAGCCGGAAAAAAGGACAGAAGAAAACUCACCUGCAACUUCUGGGCAUAACCGCACUGUUUGUAGCUGCUAAGGUCGAGGAAAUCUACCCUCCGAAAAUUGGAGAAUUCGCGUACGUCACGGAUGGCGCCUGCUCCGAGGAGGACAUCCUUCGCGAGGAGUUACUGCUGUUGCAUGAACUUGAAUGGAGUAUUAAUCCCAUUACCAUAAUGGGAUGGCUGGGGCUGUACAUGCAAAUUCACGUCACCAAUCGGCAGUCGGAAUAUAUACCUGUUUAUUCGGGCACUAGCAGCAAUGGAAGCGCCCGGAAGCAGUCAAAGCAGUCAGCUGCAAAACAUCAAACCGAAAAGAGUCCGGUUGAUACUUUUAUAUAUCCGCAAUUCUCCGGUAUGGAAUUUGCACAAACUGCCCAAUUGAUAGAUCUUUGUUCGUUGGAUGUGGGUCUAGCGAACUUCCCCUACUCUGUGAUUGCUGCGGCUGCAAUGAGCCACACAUUUGAUAGGAAAGUUGCUGUUAGUGUAUCUGGCUUAGACUGGGACGUAAUAGAGCCUUGUGCCAAGUGGAUGGAGCCGUUUUUCCUAGUGAUUUGCGACGAGAAUGAAGUCUCACCGCUGGCGCUGCUCGAGUCGAACGAACAAGUUAAAGGAAGCUACGGUCUGGCGCACGUCUGUCCUAAUCUGGUGACCGAUAGUUCGCACAUAAUUCAAACACACACGAUCUCAUUGGAUAUGUUUGACCGUGCCGCACUGCGCCGUGAACAGUUGGAAGCUCUAGCGUGCAUUGUACAACAGGAGGCUUCACCCGGUACGCUCUAUAUGCAACUGCUCGAAUCGGACGGUUUACUAACGCCACCAGCUUCAAGCCGCAAAUCUCUGGAAUCAAGUGGAAAUCACAACCCACACGAGAGAGAAAACAAUGCAUUGUCUAAUAAGACUUGAUAAUAGGUACUUUGAUUUAGUUCUACACUUUCACCUGAAUUUCGUAGCCAUUUGUGACUGUAAUUUAUUCGAUAUUAUUUUGCCGGCUUAACAUUAGCUUCCGUAGAGUUAAUCCGCAUUUCGGGAGAGUUUGAAAUUAUUACGGAAGCAAACAGUACAGACAAUCGAAUA